UCGCGCCACUAUCACGUCAGCGACAAUGCGGAGACAACGCUAGCGACCGCGCCGAAGGAGUGGUGUGUGUGUGAGUGCGUGUUCACGUAGUCCCGGGGAAUGACAGGACUGUCGGAGUAAUGAGGACUGCGGGCUUCUCGGCCGUCUGGCUGUUGACGACGGCGUUGGUAUUUCCAGCGAACUGUUCCGAAGACGAAGAGAGACUGGUCAGAGAUCUGUUUCGCGACUACAACAAGCUCAUCAGGCCCGUGGAAGUGAUGAAAGAGACGGUGGAAGUGCAAUUUGGUCUGUCUUUCAUUCAGCUCAUCAAUGUGGUAAGUCCACCCCUGCCUGUCGCGUCGUGCGCGCCGGAAGCGGAAGAUCUUUCCACUUCCUUCCGCCGCCGGAAGUGACGGAAAUGAGCCGGCGCGGGGUAUCGGUAACCCUCUACCCCCCGACGGGACGUCACGCCCGGUUCCGGUCCGAACCGAGUUCGCCUUUUGGACCGGGGCCAAAAAAGGAAGGA